AGCUCGAGAAGCGGCUGAAAUAAAAAACACUCGGAACACUCCUCACGACAGAACAAGUGAGAGAAAAACCCUACCUCUACUUCACGCUACUACCAUUCACUCCUACGCCGGAAUCUGACCGCUGGCUUCCCCCUCUGUCAUUUCCACUGCUCCUCUUCUCUCUCUCUAACCUUCUUCACUCCCAAUGGCAACUAUGCUGCAACCUCAGAUCUUAUUGCUGAAAGAAGGGACAGACACGUCACAAGGGAAGGCGCAGUUGGUGAGCAACAUAAAUGCGUGUAUGGCAGUGGCCGAUGUUGUUCGCUCCACGCUGGGGCCAAGAGGUAUGGACAAGCUCAUCCAUGAUGAAAAGGGCAACACCACCAUUUCGAAUGAUGGUGCCACCAUAAUGAAGCUUCUAGAUAUUAUUCACCCAGCAGCAAAGAUCCUUGUUGACAUUGCCAAGUCGCAAGACUCUGAGGUUGGUGAUGGAACCACUACAGUUGUUCUUCUUGCAGGGGAGUUCUUGAAGGAGGCUAAGCCUUUUAUUGAGGAUGGAGUACACUCGCAAAAUCUGAUACGGAGUUAUCGCACUGCGUCCUAUUUGGCAAUUGAGAAGAUCAAAGAACUAGCGGUUAGUAUAGAGGGAAAAAGUUUAGAAGAGAAGAAAAAUUUACUAGCAAAAUGUGCUGCUACAACACUUUCCUCUAAGCUUAUCGGUGGAGAGAAGGAAUUUUUUGCAUCGAUGGUUGUGGAUGCUGUCCUUGCAAUAGGAAAUGAUGACAGACUGAAUAUGAUUGGAAUAAAAAAGGUUCCUGGAGGUAACAUGCGAGAUUCCUUCCUUGUGAAAGGUGUCGCCUUUAAAAAAACCUUUUCAUAUGCUGGUUUUGAGCAGCAACCAAAGAAGUUUGUGAAUCCCAAGAUACUCUUACUAAACAUUGAAUUGGAACUGAAAUCAGAGAAAGAAAAUGCUGAGAUAAGACUUUCAGAUCCGGCACAGUACCAGUCAAUUGUUGAUGCAGAAUGGAAUAUUAUUUAUGACAAGCUGGAUAAAUGUGUGAAGAGUGGGGCCAAAAUUGUUCUGUCACGGUUGGCUAUUGGUGAUCUAGCCACACAGUAUUUUGCAGAUCGAGAUAUAUUCUGUGCGGGUCGUGUAACUGAAGAGGACUUGCAGCGUGUUGCAGCUGCUACUGGUGGAACUGUACAGACAUCCGUCAACAAUGUUAUUGACGAGGUUCUUGGAUCCUGUGAGCUUUUUGAGGAGAGGCAAGUUGGGAAUGAGAGGUUUAAUAUAUUUAGUGGAUGCCCAUUGGGUCAGACAGCGACUAUUGUCCUCCGAGGUGGGGCUGAUCAGUUCAUCGAGGAAGCUGAGCGGAGUUUACAUGAUGCGAUCAUGAUUGUUAGAAGGGCUAUGAAGAACUCUACUGUGGUUGCUGGUGGUGGUGCCAUUGAUAUGGAGAUAAGCCGAUACUUGAGGCAGCAUGCACGAACAAUUGCUGGGAAGUCUCAGCUUUUUAUUAACUCUUAUGCCAAAGCUCUUGAGGUUAUUCCACGGCAGUUGUGCGACAAUGCUGGAUUUGAUGCAACUGAUGUGCUUAACAAACUGAGACAGAAACAUGCACUUCCAUCGGGUGAGGGUGCACCUUUUGGGGUAGACAUCAACACUGGUGGAAUUGCUGAUUCGUUUGCUAAUUUCGUGUGGGAGCCAUCAGUUGUGAAGAUCAAUGCUAUAAAUGCGGCUACUGAGGCAGCUUGCCUUAUCUUAAGCGUAGAUGAGACUGUGAAAAACCCAAAGUCUGAGAGCGCACAAGGAGAAGCUGCUGCAAGUGCCAUGGGUGGUAGAGGGCGGGGUGGAGCUGCUUUCCGUGGUCGUGGUCGAGGGAUGCGCAGACGGUAAGCGGUUUUGGAUUCUAGAAGUGCCUUUUGGUUUGUUGGCCUGUGUUCCACUCAUGGUUGGGGUUCCAAUGAGAAGGCCUGUAGUCUGUGUGUGAAUCCUUUUGUAAUUCCAGUUGUUUGCAUUGGUGAGGUUUGUACUUAAAAUGUUCACCUAUGAACUUUCAACAAGCGAACUUCAAAAAUUUUGCCCUGCCUGUUUCUUUUGAGUUGGACUUCUCCCUUGCUUGUGUCUGCAUCAUGUUUAAAUAGAACUACAAAUGUUCUCUCUCUCUCUCUCUCACACACACACACUUUUCAGGUACUAAACAAUGAUGUA